AUGGAGGACGAACCAAAGCUGAGAUAUCGUCGUGUGGGUGCAAGCGUCAAGGAGAUUUUCGAAAAGGAUACAGCUUCGACUAUACGAGUAUCUGAUAAAUUUGUGGCACUCGGUACACAUUGGGGUGCAGUUCAUAUUCUUGAUUUCGAAGGCAAUGUCAUCAAGAGUUUCAAGAAACAUUCUGCCACAGUCAACGCCAUCUCUAUUGAUAGAUACGACGAGUACCUUGCAAGUGCAUCUGAUGACGGCAAAGUAUAUAUUUAUGCACUUUAUACACCCGAGAUUCAAGAGUUUAAUUAUAAAAGACCCAUCAAAUCAGUCGCUCUCGAUCCAGACUAUGCACGUAAAUCAACACGCCAAUUCGUAUCUGGAGGCAUGGCAGAACAGCUAGUGAUGAGCGAAAAGGGAUGGUUUGGGCACAAGGACAUUGUUCUUCAUGCAAAUGAAGGUCCGAUUUACGCUAUUCAGUGGCGCACUCAGUUCAUUGCCUGGGCAAAUGAUACAGGCGUCAAGGUAUAUGACACGAAUUCACAUCUACGUAUCACCUAUAUCGAUCGACCUGCAGGCAGUCCACGCGCUGAUCUGUACAAGUGCCGGUUAUGCUGGAAGGAUGACACGACGUUACUGAUCGGCUGGGCUGAUACUGUCAAGGUUGCCGUGAUUCGACCCAACGCGCACCAAGUAGCUGGACAGUCAAGUCAUUAUGUAGAGAUCGUCCAAAUGUUUCAGACGGAUUACAUGAUCAGCGGUAUUGCGCCAUUUGACGACAUGCUGAUGCUGCUGUCGUACCUUAUUGAUGAUGACAAGAGUGACGAUGAAUAUUACCAGCAGAGACGUCCGGCUUCGCGACCCGAAUUACACAUAAUCAAUGACCAGAGCGAAGAAGUCUCGACAGAUGUACUUGCCCUCCAGGGAUACGAGCAUUAUCAGGCCAACGACUACGUUUUGGAUUUCGUAUUGGAAGAUGACAUGUUUUACAUCAUGGGCCCCAAGGACUUAAUCGCCGCUCGAGCUCGAGACGAAGACGAUCACAUCGAAUGGCUAUUGGAUCAUUCUCGCUUCGGUGAGGCCCUCGAGGCAGCCAGGAACAUGACAGUGCCUAGCAAACGGUUCAGUGUGGACGAAAUUGGACAGACUUAUCUCAGCUGGCUAAUCAGUGAAAACAAGUAUCAGGAGGCAGGACAAGAGUGCAGCUCGAUCCUCGGACAUGACAAGGGAAAGUGGGAAGAUUGGGUCUUCAAGUUUGUCGAGCUGGGUGAACUCAAGGCGAUUGCUCCGUAUAUACCAGUCAAGGAUCCUCAGCUGAGCAGCACGGUCUAUGAGAUCGCACUAGCAUGGUUUCUCAAGAGUGAUCAUGCUGCUUUAAGAAUGACGAUUCAUACAUGGCCCAAGACGCUUUAUAAUAUACCAAAUGUCAUUGUCGCAGUCGAAGACGUAUCCAAGAGGGACCCCAAGGACGAGGUCCUUUUGGAGUGUCUUGCAGAUCUAUACACAUAUAACAAUCAACCCGAUAAAGCCAUCGAAUAUUAUCUAAGACUCAGAAGACCAAAUGCCUUCCAACUGAUCCAAGAAUAUAACAUGUUUGAUGCUGUUAAGGAUAAGGCUGUCUUGCUCAUGGAGUUUGAUCAAUAUUUGCUUGAAAAGGAACCGGGAACACAACCCAUCAAGAUGCCUGCGGUUCAAUUACUCGUAAAGAACACAGAUGCUAUUCCGCCUGAGAAAGUUGUCAGACAGUUGACAAAGAAUCGCCAGUUCUUGCAUACUUAUUUGGACGCCCUCUUUGAUCGUGAUCAUCACCUAGGUUAUGAAUUUCAUGAUAUUCAGGUCGAGCUUUAUGCAGAAUACGAUUAUCCUAAACUAUUAGACUUUCUCCGUGCAAGUCAUUACAUAUCUUUAGAAAAGGCAUUCAAAAUAUGUGAGGAAAGAGAUCUCGUACCCGAAAUGGUCUUUAUCUUGGGUCGCAUGGGCGAUAACAAGCGAGCAUUGAUGCUGAUUAUUAAUCGGCUUGAUGAUGCUAUUGACUUUGCAAAAGAGCAAAAAGACGAUGACCUAUGGGAAGAUUUACUUGUUUAUUCUAUGGAUAAGCCCAAAUUCAUCCGCGGUUUAUUGGAAAACGUUGGUACUGACAUUGAGCCACUGCGGCUUGUUCAACGUAUACCCGACAAGUUAGAAAUCCCUGGCCUCAAAGAUGCUCUUUUGAAGAUUCUACAAGAUUACAACCUUCAAAUGUCAUUACACGAAGGAUGUGAAAAGAUCUUGGUGAGCGAUAGCGUAUUUUUAGCAGAUAAAAUGUACAAGGCGCACAAACGUGGAAUUCGAUGCAACCAGGAUAUGCUUUGUGGUCUGUGCGACGAGCCUGCGUUUGACGAAAAUGCAGCUGAAGAUGUACCCAGCUCGGUUAUCUUCUUUUGCCGUCAUGCGUACCACGAGAAAUGCCUAUUGGCUGCCAAAGACAUGACCGCGUUCGACAUGGACAACAGUAAUCAUCCUGGCACACUCACCAGUAAGAUCAAUCGUGCCGCAUUUCUCAAAUCUACUCAAAACCUCGGCUGCCCCUUAUGCAAAGAACAGACAGCAGGCGGCAACGCGUUUGUUAAUCGCAUGAAAUCCCAACGAAAGGCAAUCGCCCGUAGCAAUAAUAGUCCCCAGAUUUCGCCGACCAGAGCAGAUAGCAUAAGAAGUUUUGGUACAGUUCGUUCGUAA